GGGACAUUCUACAAUGGCUCAAGCUAUACAGUGCCAACAGAAUGAGCAUUGCGAAAUUGGAUACUGUUGUAGUGAAAAUUACACUUGCGAAAACUGCGAUUCUCAUUCAAAUCAACAAAUGAUACCAAGUUCGAAGCCUAAGCUAAAUAUAAAUUACGAAAUAUCGGAUUCUUAUAAGCACGAAAUCGGAAGUAAUGGAGAAGAUACGGAGAAGACUGAUAAUUUUAGCUACUAUGGCGUGACUAUAAUGGUAGUCUUUUUAGCGGCGAUCGGUUGUUUCCUUAUUUACAAGAUAUUUGUAUUUUAUCGCCGGACUGAUGACAUCACCCCUAUUAUAAAGACUGCCUCUGCUCCGUUAGCACCGCCACAGCCGCCGCCGGCUUAUAAUUUCCACUACAAUAGAGACAUAGCUAAUGUAGGAUACUGUUCUGAAAAAUUGCCGUUGGUCGACUUUCCACACGUCGCCCAAGAGAGGGAUGGUUGCCAGAUGGCAAGUGGUUAUAACCCCCCGAAUUACGUUCGAAUACCCAGGUGA